ACCUCUGGGUGAACGUGAUGGCUCUGGGGUUGGCUCUGGGGUAAGACGGACUUUAGAGCAGCUGCUCAUUCCGGCUCCACCUUACUCAGGAAGUGUUUCUUUACCACACUGACCACAUCCCCAGGUUGCCUUGGAAACACUCUAUGGGGCAGGAAGAGUUGGGGCACAGUCACCCAGCAACAGGUGGUAGCCUCCCUUCCGCCCUCUGAGGCCAGCCCUCCGAGGCCAGCCCUCCAGGGUCUUUCAGAUAACUACACACACCCUCCCAGCAUGCACUGGGAAGAACGGCUCUGAAGACAGAGAAAUCCAAGACUGGCUCAAGGUGAAAGCAGAGACAUUCCCUGCUUCACCUGCUGCCCCUCCUGUGUCUCAGAUGCCUUCAACUCCUGGGCAGCCCUUAGGGCACACGGAGGGGCUCCCAGAGUCUACAGCAGCGGAGGCAGUCCUCCCCUGCGGCCCUUGUAUUCCCAUCAUGCUGGGCCUGGCCUCUCUCACAGCCUUCUUCAUCAUAACUACUGCCGUACUGGCUGAACGCCUAUUCCGCCGCCCAAACCCAGACACCAGGCAGAGGGCACCCACCCUCGUAUGGCGUCCUGGAGGAGAGCUGUGGAUUGAGCCCACAAGCAGCGCCCGGGAGCGCUCUGAGGACUGGUAUGGCUCCUCCAUGCCCCUGCUGAUGGACAGGGUUCCAGAUCCCCCGACUCCUGGGGGAACCUUGGAAGGCAGAGCAACUGCUCCACCAGCGCCUUCAAUCCCACACUCUUCUCCCAGCUCCUUAGUUCCCCAGACCCCACCAGAAGUCUCAGCCCAGAGCACCUUCUGGAGGCCUCAGGCCCAAGAGGAGAGGCUCGACGCCACAGGCCUAGCGAGCUGGGUUGAGCCUGAGAUGAGACAAGAGACUGGAAUGCAGGUUGGGAGUCCCAAGUCCUGGAGGAUGAGGCAGGGAAGCCUUGAACCUGACUGGGGUCUCCAGCCUCGGGUCACCCUGGAGCAGAUCUCUGCGUUCUGGAAAAGGGAAGGCCGGACCAGUGUUGGCUUCUGAAUCUUCAGAGCCUGUAAGACUAGCCUCCCACCUCAGAGCGGCUGAAAGGGGUCAGCUGCAGCCUCAGGCCUGGACUCCACUCUAGAUGUUUCUCUAGGCCCUGCCUAGAGUCUAGGGCCUUCUGUGUGGAAAUUUCUACCUUGGCAUCUGGCUGUGGGCAGGCUGAGAGUGUGGACCGCCUGUGUAUCACGGCUUGCACUAAAGUUCAGCUUUGGUUAAACUGUCCAGGAGUGGGCCAGAAGGCUUUGAGAUGGCAUGUCAGGGUAUAGAUUAACCUAAGAUACCAACUAUAUCAGAAUGAAGAGGUCCUGUGUGGGAUGCUGACCAACAUCAAGGAACUGGUGAUUGUGUGUCAAUCAUGUGGACACGAGAUGGCAGGAAUCUUGUUCUCCAGAGACAAAGACCCUCUUUGUGCCCAGACACUCUCACCAACCACUGUGAACAAAAUAGAGGCCAAGUCCAGGAGGAGCCUUUGACUGCAUACAAACAUUGGCUUUGUCACAUGGAAUUUGCUGAGCCAAGCUGGAAAGGCCGUCUCUUGACUAAAAUUGGGACAUACUCAAAAUGCACCAGCAAGCUCCUCUGUCCAUUGGCUAUGGCUGUACAUCCUAGAACAUGAAGUUUUACUAUUCAGUGUUAAGGAAACCCUGGACUAAAAAGAACUGAGUUUGUUACAGUAUGGAAAUGAAGACUGUGAGGAGAAGGGAAACUCCCCAAACCCUGCCUACCUUUCCUUCUGGCUUGUUGGAGUGGUCCACAGAAGCAGGUUUGCUCCAAGACAGACUUACUUAUAAUGACCCAUCCCAUGGAAACGGACCCCCAGAUAUCUGUGGACUCACCAGCAGUAGGAGAGCAAUGGAGUUUCCAGUCCCUGGAAAUCUGAGCUCCCAAACUUCAGUCAAGAAUAUGAAGAUUCUGCCAUAUUCAUUUACCUCUUGCUUUGUUAUUUGCUUUACAUUUUUACUUAAGUUGGUUCACUGCUUAAUAAAUUUGUUUUAAAAGGAA